AGAAGUUUUUGAAUUAUUGCUUGUAUAAUUUCGAUCGUUUUGGUAAAUAAGACCACACUUUGCCAAGCUUAUUAUUACAGCAUGAGCAACGAAUCGUCAGACGUAGACAUCGAUGUUGCCGUGGAAAAGUUAAAGAAGAAGUAUCUGGACAGGAGGAAACGAGUAAAUACUUACGUUGACUGCAAACAGCUGAUAUCCAGAGAUGGCCCAACUGGUGUAAAUGACCCAAAUGUGAAAAUAAUAUCUUGGGAUGUGACCCUGCCCUCCAACCUAGCAAGGGCUUCGGCCUCUGAUGUGACUGAGACCACAGCGCCCACUGAGAAGAAGCAGAAGGGGCCAACUGCACACGGCGAUUCCCGCUCAUCCACUGACAUCAGUCAGGUGUAUCAGGAGAUGGUGCACAUCUAUGACAAGCUCCAUACGGAGCGGAUCCACCAGCAGCAGUGGUCUGUGCAGCUGCAGGAGUGGGAGGAUCAGCUGCAGCAGAGAGAGGCCCUCGUGCCCCAGCCUCAGCAUGCCCUUCUGAAGAUCCAGGGAGUGGAAGAGGAGGUGCACUACCACAUCCGAGAGAUGCAGGAGCGACAUCGGCAGGAGAUUAAGAAGUUAAAUGAUAUUAUCAAAGAGAAAACCAAAGAAAACAAGAGGAUAAAAGCUAGCUUUGACAGCAUUAAAGAGUUAAAUGAUACCAUGAGAAAUCAGCUCAGUGAGGUCACAGAAGAGAACAGAAAGCUAGAGAAUCAGUCGAAGAAAGUGCAAGCUCGUCUGGAGAACCUGCAGAGAAAGUAUGGAUACUCGUCAGUGCAGAAAGGCCGUGAAAAUGUCCCUCCAAAGGCCCAUGAGUCAAAGCCUUCCAGACAGGACAAGUUCUCUGUGCCCAGUAAAUCAAACAAGGUCUCCACAAACCCCAGUGCGGUCAAACUGCUGGUCCUGCUACUUGACUGGGUCGCAGACAGCCACUUGGUCCCAGCAAGAGAGGACGAUGGCUGGGGAGCCCGCGAACAGCACGUCACCCUUCAGGAGAAAUGUUCGAAGGUGUUGCCCAUGUUGACAGAACAGCUGCAGCUGGUCCCAGCAGUGGAUACCGGGCUGCUGGUGCCACUGCUUAAAUUCAUCUACUGGUCUCUGAGGCAGCUGGACAGUAGCCCCCAGCACACCACCCUCACUUCCACCAUGCGCAGGCUGGGGGAGGAGGUCUACCGUGGGACGGUCCAGCAGGGGAGCGCUCUCGACCCCAGUGCCUCUGUAAGGACGAAGGCAUCAUCGCUCUUCAAGAGCCCCUCACUCCAUAUCAGGUUCCUGUCCACACUGAUCAUCCUCAAGACCAUCACCCAAGCGGACAUCCUGGCACAGGCUCUGGACAGUCUCCACGAUGACCUGCGUUCCGAGGAUGGGAGGUCGCUCUUCCUGCAGUACAGCGCGUUGCCUGUGGUCCUGGGGCAUCUGCGAGGAGGGAACAGGGGCCUGCUGGGUCCCUCUGUGGACAUCCUGUUGCAGAUGACUGGAGAGUCCCGACUCUUAAACUCCUUCCUGGAGGCGUGCAGCACAGAGGAGUUUUUCCGUUCCAUUUCGUUGCUCCUGCGUAACCCCCGCAUAGACGUCACGCAGGUGGAGAAGAUCAGCAUCCUCCUGCAGAAGCUCUCCAAGAUCAGGAAGAACAAGAGGCUGUUUGAACUCUUCACUAUCCAUCUGAUGGUCCAGGAAAUGCACAGGACCGUAGACCCUGCCCAUGCCUUCCUCGCUGUCAACCUGAACUCUAUCCUCUUCAACCUGGGCAUGAUAAAGAAGCCUUCCCUCUGCCUCAACCCAGCAGACAGUCCAUGAAGGAGGCAUUCUAAUUUUACCAUUCUCAGAUUAAAGCACUACAGUCAUAUUGUUGUGAAUCUAUAU